CCCCCCAAGCGGGGGCCCGGGGCUGGGGCGGCUGUAAGCGGGGGCGGCCUGGUGCAGAGCCCCGGGGGUCUCGGAGCAAGGACUGGGCUAGGCAGGCAGAGUGGGGGGGCUGCCGCCUCCUUUCCCCCCCUACCCCCCCUUUGUGUGCAGCAGCCUCCGCUCCGCUGCUGUGAGAUGAAUUGUUAAUUAUUCCCAGCAAAAAAGCGGCUUGGAGCCCCGGCCCGAGCGGGGGGCGAGCGGGUGCCGGCGCGUAUGUGGAGAGUGAGUCCACCCCACCCCCCGCAGCGCGCAGUGACCAGUCAUGGACGUGCAGCCCCAGGAAACUUCCCUGACGGUUAACGAGCAAGUCAUUGUGAUGUCAAGUCACGAGACUAUCCGAGUGCUGGAAGUGGGAGUGGACGCCCCACUUCCAGCAGAGGAUGAUGGAAAAGCUUUGGAAGCAACAGCUGGAGAGGUCGCAAGCAGCUGCCCUGUGGAAACAAGUGAACCAGGAAGAGAAGACGUGCAGCCAAACCUGGAGACCACUUGUGGAGGGACAACUGGCGAAAUAAAGUCAUUGCCUGGAAUGGCUCCCACCAGCGUCUCAUCCGUUACCACCUUCAACCCAGCAACGAGCCAGCCAACCCAAACCCUAGCUCCCUUGGCCGUGCAAGCUACGCCACAGGUCUUGACUCAGGAAAACUUAGCAACAGUUGUGACAGGAGUAAUGGUUCCAGCAGGGGCAGUUACUCAACCUCUUCUUAUCCCCAUCAGUAUUGCAGGUCAAGUGGCUGGUCAGCAGGGGCUGGCUGUGUGGACAUUUCCUACAGCAACGGUCGCUGCCCUUCCCGGACUGACGGCUGCUUCUCCUACAGGGGGAAUUUUCAAACCACCUAUAGCCAACUUGCAAGCAGCUGCGGUCCUGAACACAGCAAUGCCAGCCCCAGUGCAGCCUGCCCAGCCACUGCAGGCUUCGCCGACAGUCCAGCCGCGACCCUCCAUCCAAACCCAGGCCGUGUUCCAGCUGCAGCCCUCGCUCCAGAGCCCGCCAGCCAUCCUGCCCCAGCCUGCCGCUGCCCCUCCGCCGCCCGUGGCAAAGCCAUUGGAGACCCAGACGCAAAUCACAGUCCAGCCUGCGGGAUUUGCCUUUAACCCUGGCAUAAUCAGCGCAGCUUCUCUCGGGGGGCAAACCCAGCUCCUCAGCUCACUGGCCGCCGCCCCGGUGAUCACGAACACCAUUCCCAGCGUCCAAGGGAUAACGAGCCAGAUUCUGACCAAUGCCCAGGGACAGGUCAUUGGGACGCUGCCCUGGGUGGUGAACCCGGCUGGGAUCACAACAGCCAGCGCCACCCCAGCUGUUUUGCCGGCCCAGAACCUGCAGGUGCAGGCGGUGACCCCGCAGCUGCUGCUGAACGCCCAAGGGCAGGUCAUUGCGACGUUAACCAGCAGCGCCCUCCAGACGGCAGCCAUCAGGAAACCCAAUGCCCCAGAGUCCCCAGCAAAGAACGAAGUUCAGCCAAUCCAGCCUGCCCCAGCUCUGCCCCAGCCAGCUGUGGUCAUCGCAAACCCAGCCCCUGCCGCUAAGCCCUCUUCCGCGCCCGUUCCCAUCACUUGCUCGGAGACCCCGACAGUGAGCCAGCUGGUUUCCAAGCCACAAACUCCAAAUACAGGCACUGAGGAGGAUGGAAUCAACCUAGAGGAGAUUCGGGAGUUUGCCAAGAACUUUAAGAUCCGACGUCUGUCUCUGGGCCUGACGCAGACACAGGUGGGUCAAGCUUUGACGGCUACGGAAGGACCAGCUUACAGCCAGUCUGCCAUCUGCAGGUUCGAGAAGCUGGACAUCACUCCCAAGAGCGCCCAGAAGCUGAAGCCCGUGUUGGAGAAGUGGCUGAGCGAGGCCGAACUGCGGAACCAGGAAGGGCAGCAGAACCUGAUGGAGUUCGUGGGCGGCGAGCCCUCCAAGAAACGCAAGCGCCGCACCUCCUUCACGCCCCAGGCCAUCGAGGCCCUCAACGCCUACUUCGAGAAGAAUGCCCUGCCCACCGGCCAGGAGAUCACCGAGAUCGCCAAGGAGCUCAACUACGACCGCGAGGUCGUCCGGGUCUGGUUCUGCAACCGCCGACAGACGCUCAAAAACACUAGCAAACUCAAUAUCUUUCAGAUCCCCUAGGGGAGCAGGUGGGAGGACAGAACCCUGCCCAGCCCAGCCCGGCCACCCCCAGGAUCCUGCCAUGAGCACUUUGUGACUAACUGUUCCCUAGGCAUUGUCCCUGUCCACCUCCCCCCUGCCCCACCAGCCCAGCUUCGCUGACUGCAGCCAGGCAUUAUUCCCCCCGCCCCCCCGUGUGCAUAUGUCCACACCCUUUGUCCUCACAGGAUCUGACCGUCUACACGUCGGACAUCGCAAGCCUAACUCUUUCCUUCUGCUCCUGAGUGUAACAUGUACUGAGUGCCAGAGCUGCCGAUGUGAGUGCCCCAAGGUAGCAUCAGGGCCUGCCAGGAGGCCGGUAGGGGCCGGGAACAGGCAGAUGUGAAGCCUACUUCAUUUCAAUCUUUGUUUAUUUCAUAACCUUGCUUGUCCCGUGUGAGACACAAGUUCUUGGUAGCUAACAGCAUCUGGGCGGAGUAGCUUCAUUUAUAUCCCCUCCCCUAUGAGUACAAAGCACUAUCCAUCCAAAGACUUUAAAAGGAAGUUUCUGCGUAUGAUUAGCUGCUAGGGCUUGGGAUCACUGCGUCGUUUAAAGAGCCAGUAGGUAGCUCCCUUACUAACCUCGUUUGCCAGGAGAAAACCAGCCACCUGCGUCCUGGAUCUCCCCUGCCACCCUUGGGAAAUGGAAGGUUAAAUUGCACUAAAUGGGAUUGUUUCUAUAGGAAGAAAUGGGCAGAACCAGCUGGGCCAGGCAGCUUCUUCACCAAAGUGAGGCCUCUGAAGGCGGACUGGGUGUGAGCCCUUUCAUUUGCUCCAUCCUCUUUCUUUUUUUGCGUUGGCUCCUGUUGAAGUUGAGCGUUACGCCUUCCCCUGCUAGGGCUCGAGCCUGGGGAUCUAAAGGCAUGGGCCUCUGUUAGCUGGGAGGCAUAAACCGCUCUGAGUGGUCUCACCAGGAGAGGGGACCAAAGAGCCAUGGCGUGGUGCCGGGGCUAUACAAGGUACAUUUUACUUUCCUCCUGCAGGGGUCUACGCUUGUCUUUUGAGCGUAGCUUUUCUGAAGGGGAUGAUCUGGAAAAUGAACGGACCAGACUCUUGCUCACUGCUGGAAGGGGGAUGGGGAAGUAGCAGCAGUCCUCUCGGCUGUAAGAGGGGAGACCAUCAGCUGAUUGCCUUGUCGAAUUGCCAAGUGAAGGGGGCCGACUCCAAGCCAGCAGCGCCAGCCUUCCUCCCCGUGGGAAAGCAGCCAGGCAAAGGACUCAGACUCUUUACAACGGAGACAAACCAGGCCCCGGGGCUGUGUGUGGAAGGAACAGCCUUCAGCUUUAAACUACAAAGUCCCUCCUUGUGCGGCUCAACAAUCAGGGGACGCUCUCCAGGGGACGUCUAUUCCUUCUUUACCGGCAGCCUUUCAGAGCGCAGCGGACGUCGCCUGAACGUGUCGUCCCUCGCCACCGCCUGUGUAGCAUCAUUGCAAAGCGUGCCAGAGCCCAACUCGUGGGCUGGAUGCAGGGAGGUGGGAUCCAUCCCAAGAUCACUCCCAGAUGCCCUCUUUCUAAGCUGAGUUCAGUGCAAAAGAGGAGCAAGCAGAGGAAGCUGUGUGUAUUAAGGUCCUGCAGGGAGGGUGGGGCCAGCCUGUUCCUGUUUGUAUAUGCACUGUGUGUCUUUAACAUAAGAAGGGAAUGGGAGGUGUGUUUUGCUGUCUUGUGAAAGCCAAAAUAUAUAUAGAGAUAUAAAUGAUUUCACAAUAAUCCUUAACUGUAAACCCAGGAAAAGGUCCCAUUCGGUGCUGCCUCGUCUGCUUAUCUUAAAGAGACAGUGUUGGUUGCCUCAGGGCUAAUCAUUUAAAAACAAGGCCUAAAUUUCGGUCCCAAAGUAGAUCAUCAGAAAGUAGCUUCUGUUGCUAAGUGGAGUGGGAGGUUCUGCUUAUCUGCAUGGCAAUCGAGGUGGUAUCAGACCCCGGCACAAUUUAAUCUGCAGCCAGGGGCCCACCUACAGGCUAGGAAAGCAUCAGAUAGCCCAGUAGGAUGAGAAUCUGGUAUAGGGGUCAGCUGGCCCUGUGCUUUAUGGGAGCUCCCAGUGUCCCAUAAAGCCCUCUUUAUCCUAGAAGAUAUAUGAGGGUUAUGGGUCUGACAUCCUGAUCUCCAGGACACAUCCCAGGGGCUAGUUGUUAUUCCUAGGGGAAUCUCAAGGGAAUCUGGGUCUGUCCUAGUUCAUCUCCCACCUUCCGAAGGGCAGCGGGAGUGAGUUUUCUGCUCUGGGAGGGUGGCACUGGGGGUUCAACGUAACUCACUGCCAGGCAAAAUGUUUACACAUCGCAUUGAUUUGGGCACAGCCGACCUGGGCGGGAUGAGGGCCAGUUGAGGGUUUUGCUGAACUGAAAAGCUGCUUCGGUUUUACCGCAUUUUUAUCAGGCAAAGAUCUGCCCGUAGGCUGAACGGAGCGUGAGUGUCACUAGCCCAGGACCAUGAGACUCAGCAGGGAGAGGAAGAACAGGGGAAAGACCAAGCUGAUUAAUUGGACAGUGGCUGCUGCCUCCACAAGCAGACCUCAGUCCCAACAUCAGCAGGGCGAUUCUGCUGUGCAAUAGAAUUUCUUGGCACCUUCCCCUUCCAGUCAGGCUUUCGCUAGGAUGUUUGGUUGGUCCCCUGCCCUGAGCUGAUGCUGCUGUUCCCAAGAUGCUACAAGCAAAGCUAUCCGUUCCGUUGGCUGCCCGGUGUGGUGGUGAGACCAAUGCUACCCAGGCGUUGCCGAUUCCCCAAACCUCUGCUCUGAACGGCAGAACGGGGUGCUCGAGGGGCACGUCUGGAUCUGUCCAAAGAAGGUUUCUUAGAGGGAGGGUUGUGGUUUUUUGUUUUUUAGGAAGCACCUUUCCGGAUCUGCUGUCCCUCCACCUCUGUUUGGAAUAGCUAGGGCAGGGUUGGCAGGCAAAUUCCUCCCUAAUAAAGGUGCUCCAUCUCCCUCUCUCCCUGCCCUAAGAAAUGAGUGUUUCAGUGAUUUCCGGACAUGGGUGGGCAGGACUGGGAGCAAAAGUGGUUUCAUACCAUCCUUGGAGCAGGAGGUGGUUUAUACGCUGCCGCCCUGGGUCAAUCAGAACCCGACCCGCUAUCGCCAGUCCUGCGUCUCCAGCCUCCAAUCUCCAGGGCUCCCCCCACAUAGCCAGUCCUCAUUGGGCGGGCCAGUCCCCCUCGCCUCGGUUAACACCACUGCUCAGUUUCAAGAGAAGCUGUUGGAUUUCACAGAGUGCCGUGUGAGGUGGUAUAAGCUGAACAAGGAGGGAGGGAAGGACUCCGUGGGGGUGGGGAGCCAUCUGGGGUCUGGCUGUCUUGCUCUGUUAGACUGAUGCACUUGAUGUAGUUGUGUGAAAUAAACAGUAUUUUUUCUUUU